AUGACGGCACUCAAAAGUGACAAGGUCCACGGCUCCUCGUAUUUCUUUGACGUUCCUCCCGGUCUCCGAGUCGAGACCCGGAGCCAGUCUUCACCACCUCAUGUGGUGACCGCCUGGAAAAACAUCGCCAUGGCGCACUUGUCGAAACGACCAUUACCCGACGAUCAGCCUCCAGAAUUUGGAAUAUGGGUCGUCGUGGCCAUAAUAGCCGCCAUUGUCGUCGUUUCUGGCGUUGCUGCUGCCCUCGUCAUCCUUGUCUUGAAGUACAGGCAACCACAGUCCUACAGCCAACUCCACCACAUCGACUCUCAGCCGUCGAGUGCAAAGCUACCAAAGAUUGCACAUGAUAUGACUCCAAGGAAUGUUUUGUACUCCGUGCAUGAGGACCAGAGGAGGUGCAUGAUCCGAAAGUCGCUGGCUGACCGGAGGGUCGAGCCUUUGACUUGCCUUCACGAAGAAGGCCGCCGAGUCAGGCCAAGCAGUCGUUCAGGAAACCAGAGCUGUCAAAGCCAUGAAGCGGGCUCUUUAGUAAAAGACUGGAAGGAGUUUGAGGCGGCACUGCGGAUGGACAAGUCAAGAUCGCCGAUGUGCCAUCCCAGCGUCAUGCUGUCGACACACCCGCCGCCUGCACGAAGAGCUGCCGAACCAUUCGCUCCGUGA